AUGCGAUUUGCUUUUAAAUUAAAAGGUUCUGGAGUCAGCAUACAGCCGGAUCUUCCUCUAGCGGAUGGGGUGAAACUGAAGGCAGCUAUCCAAGACCUUAAGUCAAGUCACACCGCUGGUGAAAGUGGUCUGCGGUUGGUGGGUUUUUCGGACGGCGCGCCGACGGUCCAUUUUUGCCAUGCCAGAGACCAUCCUAGUGGUGCACGAUCCUGGACGCACCAUACCGAAAUCCUUCAUUUAGUGCUCACUAACGUGAGUAGCCUGCGUAACAAGAUGUGCAAAGUUGGC